AUGUCGGCGAAGUCAACAAGUGGCCAGGCAGCGGCCAAGCUGAACGUUUCCGCCAGGCGCAGCUCAACACCCCAGUCGAAUGGCAACAUCGAGAAUCGCUGCCUGAUAGCUGGAAUUGUGUACAUAGCUCUGCUGCUGGACAAUGUGCUGCUGACCGUAAUAGUGCCCAUUUUACCCGACUAUUUGGCCAGCCUGGAGAAGCCAGCCUAUGAGGGUUAUCGGCUGGAGGAGGGCACACCCUCCCCUACACCGACGGUACAUCAGCUAGCUUACCGCAACGAAGGUCACACGCAGUUCUACAUGGCCAAGCAUCCGAUACCCGGCAAAUCGAUGGUGAACUUCACUCUGCUGCAGCUACUGACGACCACAACGAUGCCAAAUAUGCCACCCAGCAAUCAUUUGGGCGGCACUAAUGCGACCACAACCACAAAGGUCGAUACCGACAGCAAUUUCAACAGCCUGCGCUUGACGCACGAAAAUGGCUCCAUUGGACUGCUGUUGGCCAUGAAAGCGCUGGUUCAAUUGAUUUUUAAUCCCAUUGUUGGCAAUAUGUCGAGCAAGUGUGGCUACCGACUGCCCAUUAUGGUGGGCACCUGCUUUCUUUUGCUCUCCUCGCUCGUGUUUGCCGUGGGCGAAUCAUAUUGGAUGUUGUUGCUAGCCCGCGCCAUUCAGGGCGUGGGCUCCGCCUGCAUUGGCGUAUGCGGCAUGAGUCUGGUGGCACAGCACUAUCCGGAGGAGGCCCGCCGCUCCAAGGUCAUGGGCAUCAUUCUGGGCAGCAUUGCGUUGGGCGUGCUAUUGGGCUAUCCUUUUGGCAGCAUUCUCUACGAUAUGGUGGGCAAAUCGGCACCCUUUAUAAUACUCGCCACGGUCAUCUUCUUGAGCCUGGGCCUACAGCUGCUCACCAUGGACCUAUCCGUGCAGCCAGAAGUUUUGGUCGUGGAACAGAAGACUAAGUGGCGUGCGCUACUUGAAUGCAAAAUGAUUUUGGCCAUUGUGAUCGCCAUUUGGCUGUCCACUUCCACAAUGGCCAUACUAGAGCCAUGUUUGCCCAUUUGGUUGAUUCAGUAUCUGCAUCCGAAUAAAUGGCAAUUGGGCACAGUUUUUAUACCGGACUCCGUGGGCUACUUUGUGGGCACCAACUUUUUUGGCAGCAUCGCCUAUCGCUAUGGCCAGCUAAAGGUCUCCUGCAUCAGCCUGCUGCUGGUGGGCUUUGCCUCGAUUCUGAUACCCAGCGCCACGACUGUUGCUCAACUACUGCUGCCCCACUUUGCCUUGGGCCUAGGCAUUGGUGUGAUCGACGCAGCCUUGGUUCCACUUCUGGCCACUUUUGUGGAUGCCACACUGGCGCAGGAUGAGAUCGGCGAGACCAGCAGCUCAACGUCAAGCUACGGCACGGUCUAUGCUAUACAGCAGACCUCCGUGAGCCUAGCUUACUGCCUUGCUCCUUUAAUUGGCGGCGAGUUGGCCCAGAGCUUUGGCUUUGCCUGGCUUAUGCGUAUUGUGGGCAUCUUCAAUAUUCUGUACGGCCCCAUAUUGGUUUAUCUAUAUCAGAAAUAUGAUCCGAAACGCCUGAGGGAGCAUCAAAACGAUUUGCUCAUGCAGAACAGUGGGCGUGGCUCGCGCUAUAAGCAGCUCUACAAUUCCAUGGAUCUGGAAUAAGUACUGCACUCACCAUAAGCUCAAGCAAUAUAUGUCACCAACUUAUCAAA